CUUGGGUCGGAGCGAGCAGACAGCGCAGCGCCUGGGCGGGAGCAGGCUGGGUGAACACCGGCCGCGCUGCGGACCGCUUGAGAGCCGCGGAGAUGGCGGUGCAGGCUGCGCUGCUCAGCUCGCACCCCUUCAUACCCUUCGGUUUCGGAGGCUCUGCGGACGGGCUGGUGAGCGCCUUCGGAAGUCUGGACAAGGGCUGCUGUUUCGAAGAUGAUGAGAGCGCGGUGUCCGCUGGAGCGCUGCUGUCCGGGUCCGACGGCGGGGACGUGCGCGAGGCCACCCGGGACCUGCUCAGCUUCAUAGACUCGGCGUCCAGCAACAUCAAACUGGCGCUGGACAAGCCAGGCAAGUCCAAGCGGAAAGUGAACCACCGCAAGUACUUGCAGAAGCAGAUCAAACGUUGCAGUGGCCUCAUGGGUACCGCACCUCCGAGACCGCCGUCCCCGAGCUCCACAGACACUUCAGCCAAACGGCCGCCCGGAGCCCCAGGAGCCUCGACUGUCGCGACCCCGGCGCACUGUAAGGCCGCCCCGCGGAGGGAGGCGACCCAGGCUGCAGCUGCCGCCAGCCUGCAGAGCCGGAGCUUGGCUGCCCUUUUCGACUCUCUGCGCCACAUCCCCGGGGGAGCGGAGACCGCAGGCGGUGCGGUGGCCGCGUCGGUCCCGGGCCUUGGGGCAGCAAGCUCUGCGGGAGACAGGGCGGGCACCUCGGCGAGCUCAGUGGCUCCGGGUACCAGGAAGGUCCCUCUGCGCGCCAGAAACCUGCCCCCCUCCUUCUUCACGGAGCCAUCCCGGGUGGGCUGCUGUGGCGGCGGCGGCCCCUCGGGCCAGGGUGUGAGCCUGGGUGACCUGGAGAAAGGGGCGGAGGCCGUUGAGUUCUUUGAGUUGCUGGCGCCGGACUUCAGCACUGGCAACGAUUCGGGUGUCUUGCUGGCCGCUGACCCUCUCGACCCGUUCCCCGCCGGAGCCACGGUCCUACGGGGACCCCUGGAGCUGGAGUCCGUCCCCUUUGAGCAGCCGGCGAUGGUGGGGAACCUACUAUACCCCGAACCCUGGAACACCCCGAGCUGUCCUCAGAGCAAGAAGCCUCCUCUGCCUGGCGUUCGAGGCAACAUGACCUUGAACGAGCCUGUGCGCCUCUUGUACCCCACAGCCUUGGACUCACCGGGCGGGGAGGACGCACCAGCCUUAGCCUCUUUCACCCCCUUCUUCCCAGAUUGUGCGCUGCCGCCGCCCCAUCAGGUGUCCUACGAUUACAGCGCGGGCUACAGCCGCGCGGUUUACCCCAGCCUCUGGAGACCAGACGGGGUCUGGGAAGGGGCUUCUGGGGAGGAGGGAGCGCAUCCAGACUGACUGCGAGGAACCCUUUCCUUCCCUUAUGACUACUGUGGGCUGCGUGCCACCAUGGGUUUCUUCUGAGUGGAGAGAACGACGGGAUCACGCAUGUGAAGAUGAAAUGGGAUUAAAAAAAAUAAAACCGCGAUCCAUUUAAUAAAGAA